AGCGCGCGACUCCACCCAACAGCCAGAACUGAAGCACAAAACAACUUUCGCGAGCGCAGCGCGAGUCAUGGCGUCAAAGAAGAUCUCCUGAAGAACAAACUGCACAAACUCUCACCAAAAGCCCCUAACAAGCCGUCGACGACCGUCUGGAUCUAAUAUAAACAACAAAAAAGUCCACUUUACGAAGGAAUCAUGGUUACCGAGUGUCGACUUUAUUAGCUAGCAGAGCGCAGCUAGCUCAAGAGUUUGGCGUCGCGAGGAGUUUCGCGAACAGUGUAAAUAUUGUGUAAAUAUCUAAUUUAAUACGGAGUAGUGUGAGGAAGCGAGCUGUAAGAGUCUCUGCGAGAGUUUGCUGGUGUGUAGUUUGCCUGUGGACGGGUGGAGAUGGCUCAGUCACCGGUAGCUGUUCAAGUUCCUGGAAUGCAGAACAGUCGAACAGACCCCGAGGAGCUGUUCACUAAACUGGAGCGCAUCGGGAAGGGCUCGUUCGGGGAGGUGUUUAAAGGCAUCGACCGCCGCUCUCAGAACGUAGUGGCCAUCAAAACCAUCGACCUUGAGGAAGCAGAAGAUGAGAUCGAAGACAUCCAACAGGAGAUCACCGUUCUCAGCCAGUGUGAUAGUCCUCAUGUCACCAAAUACUAUGGCUCUUACCUAAAGGGUAGUAAACUAUGGAUCAUAAUGGAGUAUCUGGGAGGGGGUUCGGCUCUGGACCUGCUGCGAGCCGGACCCUUUGACGAAUACCAGAUAGCCACCAUGCUGAAAGAGAUUUUAAAGGGUUUGGACUACCUGCACUGUGAGAAGAAAAUCCACAGGGACAUAAAAGCCGCCAACGUGCUGUUGUCUGAGUCCGGAGAGGUGAAGCUGGCCGACUUUGGUGUGGCAGGACAGCUGACAGACACACAGAUCAAAAGGGAGACGUUUGUGGGAACACCGUUCUGGAUGGCACCAGAGGUCAUCCAACAGUCUGCUUAUGACUCAAAGGCUGAUAUCUGGUCUCUUGGGAUCACUGCCAUCGAGCUGGCCAAGGGCGAGCCGCCGAACUCAGACAUGCACCCCAUGAGAGUCCUCUUCCACAUCCCCAAGAACACGCCGCCCACCCUCAACGGAGACUUCUCCAAGAUCUUCAAGGAGUUCGUGGACUCCUGUCUCAACAAAGACCCUUCAUUUAGGCCCACAGCAAAGGAGCUUCUGAAGCACAAGUUCAUACUUAAAUAUUCCAAGAAGACGUCCCACCUCUCCGACCUCAUCGACAGACUGAAGCGCUGGAAAGCCGAGGGACACAGCGAUGGAGAGUCCAGUUCUGACUCUGACUCAGAGAGCAACAGUAAGGACAAUGAAUCGUCUCCUGAAUGGUCCUUCACAACCGUUCGAAAGAAGAAGCCAGAAAAGAAGCAGCCCAACGGGAUGGCCGAAGAAGUGCAGAAGAAGUCCAUCAGUUUAACCACCGUCAUGGCUCCUGUUUUUUCUGAGCUGAAAUCCCAGCAGCGAGACGACGAGAUGACGAGAGGAGUGUUGGAGGAGCUGGAGAAGAGUCUGCAUGUGGCUGAGGAUCUCUGUCCUGGUGUCACAGACAGCAUGAUCAGCCACAUCCUCGAGAGAGUUCAGAGGUUCUCCGUGAGUUAGUGGGAAACGCCACGCUUCUGCUGUCAGCCCCGAUGACUGCACCUUACACACACACACACACAGAGAACACACUAUCUCAUCAUAACCAAAAGGAAUUCUGCUCUUCUUGUCCCAAAGAAUGGAAAAUAUAUAUAUAUUACAUAGAAAUCUAGUGUGUGUUCAACUGUAUUUAUACAAUUUUGCCACACGCUUUUAUAUUAGUCUUCUGCCGGUGCCCGAGGAUGUGUGUGCGUUACUGUUGUUUUACUCCGCUUUUUACUUUCGAAAGACACGACAUAUCCUGACUGGUCAAGUAGAUCUUUUGGUUCACGUUUAUUUAUAUGCGUUUGAUGUCCCGAUCUUUUGCUUUACUCUAAAUGUUAAACUAUGAUCAAUAAUAUAUAUAUGCUGUAUAUAUAUAUGUUUGGGAGAUCAACAGUGCCUUUCUGUUCGUCUUGGUUUGGGAUUUCUCUCCACACACUGUCGACUGUAGCGUUACAGAACUGCUGUAUGGGAUUACAUGCAUAUCAUAUCAGACUAGAAGAUGAAUAGAGAUACCUCACUGAAGCAAUCGUUGAGAAGAAAACACACAUCCGAACCGCUAGAUCUGAUCGAGGGGUUUUGCUGUGCGAAAGCUCCUUCGCUUCUUUUAAUUGGUCUGUUCUCCACAUUUGUCUGUCAGUAAUGCCCUCUUUUACAGUGUCUUGUGUUCUCCAGCUGAUAUUUUUAUAUGAGAGUAGAGCUAUACUGUAUUUUUGAAGGAAAUCUGCACUUCGUACGGGGCGUUUAAAGACAUUCCUCUGACUUUGAGUAGAUCUCAAGGGAUCCUGCUUCUUUAACCAAUGGGGACGUUUCUACACGAGUCCGCUAUAUCCUCCUCUGUUUUAUGUAAUCUCCUGUGAUGAGGGAUUUUCUUCUCUGUUUUGUUUGGCCAAGCUUGUAAAGAAACACAAGUGUGCCAUUGCUGGUGCGGUGGUGACGUCGUCAUGCGCUCCGCUGGGCCUGGAGACACUGUGCCAACGCUGCAUCCCAUUGUGCCUAAAAGAAAAGCUCACGUUUUUAUGUAUAUGAUGUCAUUGUCUUCUCAAAAACAGCUUUAAGACGACGUUUUCACACGGUGCCAGACUGCUGGAAGAUUUUAGAGCAAUAAAGUAGGACAUUUGUAUAUUUCUUUAUAGAUGUAGAUGCAGAGGCUAGGUUUUGUACAUUUCUUCACCAGAGCUUUUGUAAAUUUAAGACGCCAGACGGAAAUCUUUCUAGGCUGUAUCAUACAGAUGCUGUUCUCUUCUCUAUCUCUCUCUUUUUUUUUUUUUUUUGACAUCAGCUGUUACAAAUUAGUUUUUGUUUGGUGUGGCAAAUAAAGAUUUAAGUUAUGACA